AUGGAAGAUUUAGCAGCAAAGGAUGCAUGUAGAGGAGUAAAUGGACAGUCCAAAACAGACGAAUCACCUUCUGCUGCUGCUCUCAGUGUUGAGUCACGCUGCGGAUCCUGCCUGAGAAGCAUUAAGCUGUGGAUACCUGUGGACUACAAGAAUGAAACGGUUCAGCUUUUUAAACUGGCAGGACCCGUGGUCAUUUCACAGAUGAUGAGCUUCCUGAUCGGCUUCGUCAGCAUGGUGUUCUGCGGUCACCUGGGGAAAACAGAGCUGGCGGGGGUGGCGUUAGCGAUUGCGGUAAUAAAUGUCACAGGUAUUACCAUUGGCAGUGGUUUGGCAUCAACUUGUGAUACUCUCAUAUCUCAGACUUAUGGAAGUGGUAACCGAAAGCGUGUUGGAGUGAUACUCCAAAGGGGAGUUCUGAUUCUGCUGUUAGCCUGUUUCCCCUGCUGGGCCGUCCUGGUUAACACUCAGCCCAUUCUGCUGGCUGUCAGACAGAGCACAGAGGUCGCCAGACUCUCCCAGCUGUAUGUGAAAAUCUUUAUGCCGGCUCUGCCAGCUGCCUUCAUGUACCAGCUGCAGGGGAGAUAUCUUCAGAAUCAGGGCAUCAUGUGGCCCCAGGUGAUAUCUGGAGCCUCUGGGAAUAUUUUAAAUGUAAUAAUAAACUACAUCUUCCUCAGCCAUCUGGAUCUGGGGGUUGCUGGAUCUGCAGCUGCAAAUGCCAUCUCUCAGUAUUCCUUGGCUGUGUUCUUGUUUGUGUACAUCUACGCAAGGGGACUGCACAAAGCUACAUGGGAUGGCUGGUCAAGAGACUGCCUGCAGGAGUGGGGUCCUUUCCUCCGGCUGGCCAUCCCCAGCAUGCUGAUGCUUUGUCUGGAGUGGUGGCUGUAUGAGAUCGCAGGGUUCCUGGCAGGCAUCAUCAGCGAGGUUGAGCUCGGAGCUCAGUCUAUAAUUUAUGAACUGGCUGCUAUCGCCUACAUGUUUCCAACGGGUUUCUCCGUGGCUGCCAGUGUUCGCGUUGGAAAUGCUCUUGGUGCUGGAAACACAGAGCAAGCCAAGCUGUCCAGCAAGGUCUCACUCAUCUGUGCAUUUAUUGUGUCAUGUUUCAUCGGAGCGUGUCUUGGUUUGUCUAAGGAUGUGGUUGGUUACAUUUUCACUACAGAGAAAGACAUAAUUCAGAGGGUGGCCGAUAUCAUGAAGAUGUACUGUUUCAUCCAUGUUGCUGAGGCCUUCUCGGGUGUGACCGGAGGUAUCGUCAGGGGGGCAGGAAAGCAAAUGGUUGGUGCUGUGUGUAACUUGGUGGGUUACUAUUUCAUUGGGUUCCCCAUUGGUGUGUCUUUGAUGUUCCCUGUCAAAAUGGGCAUCGUAGGGCUGUGGUCGGGGUUUUUAAUUUGUGUUUUGCUACAGUCCAUGUUUUUUAUAGUUUUCCUGUGUAAAUUGAACUGGAUAAAAACCACUGAAGAGGCGCUUUUAAGAGCAGGAGUCCACAGUAAAGAGGAGAACAAGAUCUUCUCCAUAGAAAACAAAGCUCUGGACUCUGGCAAGAAACAGGCCCACGAACAGACCUGUCGAUCUACUUCUUUGAGUUCAGUGAAGGACAAGCGGGAAGUGCUCGAUGUAGGUCAGCGGUCUUCAGAUGACGUGGCUCUGUCAGUCAGGCAGCUGGUGGUACGACGUGGCCUCGCUGUGCUGCUCAUGUUCAUUAUCCUUGCUGCUGGAGUCUGCAUCAGCGAGCUGCUCAUCAGACUGCUUGAAUAAGACGAGUGACCAUGCAGUCGUGUGUGUGUCUUCAUGCUUAGCAGUACAGCACGUCACCCAUAAACAAACAUCAACAAUUGACACCAAAAUUAUAUGUAGCUUCCUGUUUACCAUCUGAGGCAAUUUGUAACGACAAACUUUCAAUCCAUACUCCCACUUUUACAAAACGUCUGACCAUUCAUUAUGCACUAAUGAUGGAAAAUAUAUG